AUGGCUUCCUCGCGGGCAUGGCUAUAUGUCCAAGCCGUCUUUUGGCGCUUUCUCAUGCGCAUCGGCAUGUUCCUUCAUGAUCUCGCUCCGCCGCGCGUCCCGAAACCUGCCUUUACCCGUACGGUUCAAUCUGACUCCCAUGGCCAUUCCGUGGUCAUCCAUUUCUACUGUCCAUCCGAUUACGAUAAGAAGCGUCGUCAAGGUCACCGGUAUCCUGUUGCGGUUAAUUUCCACGGUGGUGGUUUCACCCUUGGCUGCGCGACCGAUGAUUCUCGCUGGGCCGCCGCUAUCGUGAAUCAAGUAGACGCCGUUGUCGCUAGUGUUAGUUACCGCCGAGCCCCCGAACAUCCUUUCCCCACUGCUGUCGAUGAUGGUGUCGAUGCAUUGUUGUACCUCGCUGCCCAUGCUCUUGAUCUUGCCUUGGAUGUGAGUCGCGUCGCCCUGAGUGGGUUCUCGGCGGGCGGGAACUUGGCUGUGACGGUACCGCUGCGACUGCAUGAGCGCAUCUCAACGGAGAUCAAGGAGCAAUUUGGCAGGGCGGAGUCGACACAGAACUUGGUUGAUCAAACUAGUCAGUUGAAUAUUGUCGCCCUGUUCAGUUGGUACCCUAUCUUGGAUUUCCUUGAGUCUCGUGAUCAUCGUCGCGCUAUGAGUAUCAUGCCUAAUAAGUCCAUGCCGACUUUCUUCACUGAUUUGUUUGAUCAAUCGUAUAUCCCCAGCAUGGAGGACCGGGAAUCUCCUUUUGCGUCCCCCGUUCGCGCCUCCGACCGUAUUUUGUCUGAAGCUCUGCCGCAUGAUGUGUUCUUGUUCAUCUGUGAGUGGGAUAUGCUGGUGAAAGAGGGCCAAACAUUUGUCCGUCGCUUGGAGGGCCUGGGGAAGCGAGUCCGUGCCAUGAUGAUUGAAAAAGCUCGACAUGCGUGGGAUAAGUCGCCCAACCCAUUCCGCGAUCAACUCAGCGUUGAUGUGCUGUACAAUGAUGCAUGUGCUUCCAUGAAGGCGAUUUUCGAUCGGUGA